UGGGGGUACAGAACGCUGUUGUUUGACAGUUGGGGUAGAAUAUUGAUGAUGUGUUGUUGUACGCUGUGAGCUAUGUUUCUGUUUUGCGUGUGAGUAUAAGUGAAAGAUGGUGAUGACAUGGAAAUAAAGCGAUAUGUUAUCCAGGGCACUGGAUACCGGAUAAAUACCCCAAUGGUAGUUUAGCCCAGAGAAAUACGCCCGCUCCAAAGGGGCAACUGUAGUGUGGACACAAACAGCCAUCACACAGAAAAAGGAUGGCUAAACUACUACAGCAGAUUAAUCUGGUUCUUUGGAAACAUGCUGUUGUGAGGAGACGAAAUAUAAUUGUAACACUGUUUGAAAUUGUUGUACCAGUAGUACUCAUUCUGGUUCUGGCUUGUGUAUUACCUGGAAGCUAUCCCAAAUCAGAUGCUGUAGUGUUCGAACCUCAGGAUCCAGCUGAAGUGCUACAUUCAUCUUUGGCAUUUUAUGACACUCGUAUAUAUUAUGCUCCUUCUACAAGUUUUACUGAUAAACUCAUGAAUACUGUAGAUACUGCUCUACACGGCGUAAGACGAUCAAUCAUUGGCGUACAGAGUGAAGAUGAUAUUGUAAGUGCUUAUAACGCAUUUGAAGGUGGUGGCAAGUUCAUUGGUAUAAUAUUUGAUAACUUUAAAGAAGAUGAACUACCAACAUAUUUAAGGUAUCGGGUGAGGUCAGAGGCAACUUUAAAUAUAGAAGAGACUUUUUCGGAAGCUGCCCCAGAAGGACCAAAUGUUGAAUCUGAACAAUAUAUAAAGGCUGGUGUAGCAGCAUUACAACUGUACAUUGACAGUUUUUUCAUUGAUAUGGCCAGAAAAGAGUCUGGAGUGCACAAUAAGGACUUAAAUAUUACGCGGCUUGUUCAGAAAUUCCCUUAUCCACCUUCCACACACGUUUCACCUACUGUGUUGGGUCAACUUUUCGCAGUACUAAUUGUGUUGGGAUUUUCAUUUCUGUGUUCAACAAUACUCAAGCGUAUUGUUAGUGAGAAAGAAACAGGUGUAAAGGAAUUAAUGAAACUGAUGGGCCUUAAAUCCUGGAUGCUUUGGACUGGUUGGCUGGUUAAUGCUUUAUUUGUAAAUAUGAUCUCUGUUACUGGUAUUGUCCUAGUGAUGAAGUUUGGCGUGGGAAAGAUGCCACCUCUAAUAGAAAAAGCUGAUGCUACUGUGUUAUGGGUUUUUCUUAUUGUGUUCUGCAUCUCGUCAAUCGUUUGUUUCUUUGCCAUAAGUUCAUUCUUUGAAAAGGCAACUAUGGCUGUGACAUUUGGAAGUUCUGCAUGGUUUGUGCUGUAUUUUGCUGUACAUGCCUUCUCUGGAACAGCAGGAAAGUUAGUUGAAAAAUUACUGUGUCUGCUGCCUCAAGGGGGUCUUCUUCGUGGGCUGAUUAUAAUGUGGCAGUAUGAGUUAAGAGGUGAUGGACUUCAGUGGAAUACUGUGAUUUCUCCUCCAGUUGGUAACCCUGAAGACCUAACUAUGGCUGAUGUAUUUUUAAUGUACCUUCUUAGUAUACUUCUUUACAUUUUAAUUACUAAUUAUAUGGAUACAGUUAAGCCAGGAAAAUAUGGUGUUGCCAGAUCUUGGUAUUACAUGUUUGCGCAAUGUUUUCGUAGUAACAAUGGUAUAGAAAACUUGGAAACACAGGCAGAUGUUCAAAGGAACUUUGAAGCACCACCUGAUAAUCUGGAGCCAGGAAUAAGAAUUAAAAAUUUAUUCAAGAUCUACACUUCUUUAAGAAAAUCUGAAUCAAAAGUGGCUGUGAAAGGCAUAACUCUUGAUAUCUAUAAUGGAGAGAUUACAGCUCUCUUGGGCCACAAUGGGGCUGGUAAAACCACUACAAUGUCUAUUCUUUCAGGUAUGUUCUCAGCAACAAGUGGCUCUGUGAUGAUAAACGGCUAUGACACCAAAGAUAAUUUGGACAAAAUUCGUGAGAACUUAGGGCUUUGCCCACAGGAAAACAUGCUGUUUUGCGAGUUGACUGUUGAGGAACACCUUAUAUUUUUUGGCAUGCUAAAAGGAUUGUCAAAAAAAACAGCAAAAUAUCAGACAGAAGAUAUUUUGAACAAAUUAGAUCUUGUCAAGAAAAAGCAUUGUUUACCAUCACAGUUGUCAGGAGGGAUGAAACGAAAGUUGUCACUUGGUGUUGCUCUGUCAGGUGAUGCAAAGGUGUUGAUAUUGGAUGAGCCGACUUCAGGGAUGGAUGUAGAAGUCCGAAGACAGGUCUGGAACUUGUUGUUGAGCAUGAGGGGCCAGAAGACAAUUCUCAUCAGCACACAGUAUAUGGAAGAAGCAGAUGUUCUCGGUGAUCGUGUGGCAAUCAUGGACCAUGGAAAGAUUAAAUGUUAUGGAACAACCCUCUUUUUGAAAAAGCUUUAUGGUAGUGGAUACAAUCUCUCCAUUAUUAAAUUAGAUGGGUGCAAUGAAUCAGCAGUUUGGGAAACAGUUACAAAGAAUAUACCAGAAGCUGCAAUCAAAAAUUUGAAUGGACCUAUUAUGUGCAUUUCAUUACCUUUGAAGAGCACAUCUAAGUUUCCUAGUCUGUUUGAUGCAUUAGAAGCUAAUAAAAAUACUCUCAAAAUUGGUGGAAUUGGUGUAUCACUUACAACAAUGGAGGAAGUAUUUCUGAAUGUGGGAAAAGAGAGUGAAGAUGAAGCUAGUGAGCAUGGCAGUGUCAGGAGUGAAACAAUUGAUGAAUCACAUAGACUUGUAGACACUACAGAUGCACUAACCAGGUCUCGGGUCAGUGGGUUGAAGCUGAUACUCAGGCAGUUUCCAGCACUUCUUGUAAACAAUAUUCUGUUCACAUACAGAAAUUGGUUUACACAUCUUACAAAGGUACUAUUGGCAGUAGGUUUUGUAAGUUACACAGUAAUUCUGUCACUCAAAUACAUGGUUAUUGAUAAAGAGAUCCCUGCACAUGUGUUUUCGUUGAACGAUUAUGGAAGAACCGAAGUGUUUUUACAGCCUGGAUUUUGCAGUGAGGAUUUAAUACAGUCUUAUGAGAAAGAAAUUGAAUCUACAGAGUCAACAUUGACUGUUAUCAGCAGUUCUAAUGACAUAGAAGAUGUACUUCUCCAACAAGGUGUUUCAAAUAUUGCAAGGUUUAGAGAGAAAAUAAUUGUUGCUGCAGAAUUUAAAUGUGAUAGUAAUAGUGUGCAGGCAAAUGCAUUGUAUUCAAAUGUAGCAUUGCAUGGUUUUCCAAUAUCAGUAAAUAUCAUGAGCAAUGCUAUGUUGAAAUUCUUCAACAAUAAGUUUUCUAUUGUUUUCUCUUAUCAUCCGUUUAAGACAAAGGAGCCACAAGAGACUGUUCCAGUUGAAAUAAUUGGUCUGCUUUGGGUGGUAUUAACACCUCUUGCUGUCUUGUAUGUGGUAUCCAACUUUGUUACACUUCCCUUGUUAGAAAGAGUAGCGAAGUCAAAACAAAUAAAAUUUAUGGCUGGAGUGAAUCCUAUAACAUACUGGCUAUCCCACUUUCUGUGGGAUUUUGUGUGUUUUACAGUUGUAAUCGUUAUGCUACUUGCCUGUAUUAUCGUGUGUGAUCAUCGUGGAUUUUUCACUAAACCAGAGAUGUUAUGUGUUUUUGUCAUGUUAUUGAUAUUAUAUGGAUUCUCUGCAAUUCCAUUCACAUAUGUUUGUAGUUAUCUGCGAGGAACAGUGUCUAGUGCAUUUAACCUGAUAGUGACUACCAAUCUUAUUGUGGGUCUAAUAGGAUGUGCUGUAGUGUAUCUCAUGUCACUGAGUCCAAAUUUUGACACUGAAAGAAAAAUCAUUGAUACAGUGCUUCACAUGAUACCACACUACACAUUGUCAAGCAGCAUGAAGAAAUAUGCCACAAUAACAGCAAUGAGGAUUAACUGUGUGGUCACUAAACAACCAGGCUGUGAUGAAGACAUGUCAUAUUUUGCAACAGUGCUACCCAAAGAAUUCACCCUGACAGAGGAUAUAAUGUUUUUUGGAAUUGAUGGCUUGGUCUUCUUUUUCAUCUUGCUGCUGAUAGAAUAUGGUUUGACUAAGAAAAUAUAUGCAUUAAUUGAAAAACUUGUCUUUAAAGGGACGAUAGUAAGAGGGUCUUUAGAUGAUGAUGUGAAAGAAGAAGAACUUAGAGUAAAAAUGCAAUUGCAAGGAAUUGUAAAAAAUGAUGCAUUGUUGGUCUACAAUUUGGUGAAGAAAUACCACAGUUUUCCAGCUGUUAAAGGAAUUAGUUUUGGUGUCAGAGAGGGAGAAUGUUUUGGCUUGCUUGGAACUAAUGGUGCUGGUAAAACAACAACAUUUCAAAUGUUGACGGGCGAUAUUAUACCCACUUCAGGAGAAGUUUCAAUUUUUGAGUACAAACUCAGAAAAAAUAAACAGAAGUAUUUGUCACACAUUGGCUAUUGCCCGCAAUUUGAUGCUCUUGAUGAACAUUUGACUGGUCACGAAAUGUUAUCAAUGUAUGCCAAGCUACGUGGUGUUCCAGAUACUUUGAUUACUUCUCAGAUUAAUUUGUGGACAAACUUACUAGGAUUGAAUGAAUACAGAAAAAAGCUUUGUGGUACUUAUAGUGGUGGUAAUAAACGAAAACUGAGUGCAGCAGUUGCUCUAAUUGGAAAUCCUCCAAUUGUGUUCCUUGAUGAACCGACAAGUGGUGUGGAUCCAGUAUCACGGCGGAAACUUUGGAAUGUUCUUGGGAAGAUCCACAAGACAGGACAAGCUGUUGUCUUAACAUCUCACAGCAUGGAGGAAUGCGAAGCUUUAUGUACUCGCCUGGCAAUUAUGGUGGCCGGACAGUUCAUGUGCAUGGGGAACAGUCAGUAUCUGAAACAAGUGUUUGGGCAAGGUUUUACUGUUGUGAUAAAGAUAAAAUCUGGAAGUGACAUAGAGCAAGUGAACAAACUGAAAUUUUGGUUUCAAGAAAAAUUUAAAAAUAACUGCUUUCUCCAAGACGAGCAUGUGGGUUUACUUCAUUAUCAGAUAACCAAUCCACAAAUCACACUGAAACAAUUGUUUACAACAUUAGAAGAAAUGAAGAAAAAUUUCAGAGUGAUAGAAGACUAUGCUGUAAGUGAAACAACACUGGAGCAGAUUUUUAUGUCUUUUGCGAGACAGAAUACAGAUGGAAUUGCAUCAGUUUAGAAAGACAAAAUAAAAAAAAAUGAUAUGUGUAGAUUAAUUUUUAAGUUUACUAUCACUCCUGUAAAAAUGAUGCAUAUUUGUAUAGACUAUUUACAACUUUAUGAUGCAUAUUUGUAAGAUUAUUUAAAACUUUUAUUUUUUCUAUCUUUUUGAUAUGAAAACUAGCUCUGAAAAAACAAAGAAUUAUUUUUCCACUGGCAGGGUGCUAGUCUUGUUACUGAAUAAAUAUUGAGUGUGGCAUUUGAUUUAACAUUGUAAUUUCACUGGACAAGGAAUUACAUAGUGUACUGUGAAGUAUACUGGCAUGCGCUUUCUUUUCUUUUCUUUU